CGCGGGAAUUCAUUCUUAGCUCACCAAAAGCCAUUCUCUUUUCUCACACCUCUCCAUUUUGUCCAUCCGUAUGUGCAUCGCCAAUUCUAUUCAAAAUCCCUUCCUUCAUUUGCCCUUUGAAAAUUCUUUUUCAUAUUUUAAAGCAAUAAAAACGGAGAAGGUCUGAAGGCGAAGUCUCGUCAGCGAAGUACCAACUUUUGGCAUAUUAGAGAUCACAAAUCUCAAGUUUAAAUUUUGUUGAUGGCUUGGAAAGAUAAAUGGGUUCGAAUUUUAGGGUUUCCAUCUGGUGAUUAAUUGUAGCCUUCAAGGAGGAAGAAAAUCAUGACAUUUGAUGUGGUUAUGGACUCCGGGAAAAGGAAUGUGGUGGUGGGAGUCCGGUUUGAUAGCAGCCAUGCUAAAGAGUUGCUUGAUUGGGCUUUGAUUAAGGUUGCCGAUCCCGGUGACACUGUUGUUGCCAUUCACGUUUGUAGAAAUUCAGACUCAAAUGCUGAAGAUAAAUACUCCUUGGAUAGUUACGUGGAUGAUUGCGACGACAUAUGCACUAAAAAACAGGUUAAUCUAAAAGCACAAAUUUCAAAGGGAAGUUGUGUUAGAAAGGUGUUGGUGAGGGAAGCAAAGAAAAAUGGUGCUGUGACUGUAAUUGUAGGGACUAGCACGCGCUUAGCUCUUCGGGGUUGGACUUCGAUUGCUAAAUACUGUGCAAGGCAACUGCCUACCUCAGUUGGAGUUAUGGCUAUUCACAAUGGGAGGAUCGUUUUCAAAAGAGGAUCCAAUUGUGAAUACACAGGUUAAAUCUAAUGAUCAACUUCUUAGGACUGCAAACGUUACAAUGACUCCAUGUUAGUAUGAUAUUAUCCGCUUUGGGUCAAGCCCACAUGGCCACAUCAAUAUAUUUUUGGGCACAUGCCAAAGGGUCUCAUACUAAUGGAGUUAUAGACACUCAUAUUCAAGGUGCUGCUGAAGAUCCUAGACCAAGUUUCUAUAAGGAAGGAAGAUCGACUUUCUGGGAUGGUCAGUCUGGACUUAGCAAAUCAGGAAGGCUCUGCCUUGAGAACAGAUUAAGAGAAGAAGAAAUGCCUGACACCCCUGGCUGGCCCCUUCUCCGAACUGAGACUGUUAGGGAUAAGGUUGAGUCUGCCUCAAUAUCUAAGGAGCUCUCAAAAGUUGCGCUUCCUAGGAAGAUGUCAGUGGUUCAGUGGGUAAUGACCUUACCAAACAGGUCUUUCCUAGACUCUCCUAGAUCAAAUUCUAGUCCAAAGAGCGGAAGUACUUCCGAAGAGGAAACUUGCAGCAGCUAUACUGAUAAGAGUGAAAGCAAUGAUUUGAAACUUAUGAUUGAUACAAACUUCACUGGCUUCAAAUGGUUCAGCUAUACUGUUCUGAGAGCAUCCACUUCUCACUUCUCAUCAGAGAACUUAAUUAGUAAAGGAGGGUGUAAUAAAGUAUACAAGGGGCUGCUUCCAGAUGGCAAAAGAGUUGCGAUAAAGAUUCUAAAGUCAUCAAAAGAAACGUGGCGGGAUUUUACGCGAGAAAUUGACAUAAUGGCUUCAGUUAAUCACGAACACAUUGCGCCUCUACUCGGCAUUUGUAUUGAAGAUAAUGAUUUAAUAUCUGUUUACAAUCUUUUAUCCAAAGGAAACUUGGAAGAAAACUUACAUGGAAAGGGAAAGAUAAAAUCUUCACUGUCUUGGGAAGUAAGGUUCAGAAUAGCUCUACAGAUGGCUGAAGCCCUGAACUACCUGCACAAUGAACGUCCUCGGCCUAUCAUUCACAGAGAUGUCAAGUCUUCAAACAUUCUACUUGGUGAUCUGUUUGAAGCAAAGUUAUCCGACUUCGGGUUAGCGAUAUGGGGACCCACAACAACACCAUUCAUGACACAUACUGAUGUGUUGGGAACCUUUGGUUACCUUGCUCCCGAGUAUUUUAUGUAUGGAAAAGUUAGUAACAAGAUUGAUGUAUACUCCUUUGGAGUUGUACUGUUGGAAUUGUUAUCAGGGAGAAGAGCUAUUGGAUAUGAGACUCAUGGUGGUCAACAAAGCUUAGUUAUGUGGGCAAAACCCAAAUUAGAGAAUGGAGAUUUGAAAGGCAUACUUGAUGAAAAUCUGAAUAUGAAUGGAGAUGAAGCUCAGGCGCACAGAAUGGCUCUUGCAGCAAGAUUGUGCCUUACACAAUCAGCUCGUUCUCGUCCCAAUAUAGGACAGAUAAUGAAGAUGAUAAGGGGCGAGGAAAAUAUUAAAGAAGAAAUGCACAUGCAAAUUGAGAACAAACAGGAUUCACAAAAUAUGGAUGAUAAUGAUGAUGAGGUUUAUCCGGAGUCGAGCAGUGCAGCAGAGUCACACUUAAGCCUUGCCUUACUCGACGUAAAUGAUUGCUCUUCCGUGUCAUCCAGCAGUGUGGAGCAAAGCAGCCCUUCAUCUGUGGAAGCAUACUUGAAGAAAAGAUGGAACACAUCUUGAGAUAGCUUUGACUAUCCCUUUCCCGCAGAUUCCUAUCUAUUUUGGGUUUCUUGUUGUACAGUAAAACAAAAUGUUGCACCCUCUUGCCUGUUAUGAGGUGUUUCAUUUGUGUUUAGAUGCAGACAUCAGGAUAUAGUUUUAUUAAGGUGCAAAUGCUUCAAGCAAGGCCUCCAAAGUGUUUAUCAUAUGUUGAGUAAGGUUGUUGUAAUCACAUUUUUGAAUGAAUCCAAAUAAGGUUUUGAAAAUCGCAUUGGUG